AUGGCUGAAGUAUUUGAGUACUGGCCCAUGCGUUCCCAAAUAGGAUAUACUCCUAACUGGUAUCUGUUAUACGAUGUUUACCCACCAGAGGGGGUGCUUAUCCGUAUGGCUUCCCUCAUGAAGAGCCCUGACUGGGUCCUGGUGCUCCCUCUCUGGGGCCGCCUGUAUCACUGACAGAGCCCCGAUAUCCACCAGUUACGGAUCCCCUGGGCGGAAUUCUUUGAAGUUCCCAGCAUCAACAGGAACAUCCCUGUCAUCAAGUGUGAGCAGUUCCUUGCAGAACCUCAGAACCCCUUCAUUGAGCAAGUGUAUGUCCUGCAGAGCUAUGCAGAAGGAUGGACAGACAGACAGUGGGAAGAGAAAGUUGAUGAGAGGCCCUGUCUGGAGCGUCUAAUGUACUCUCAUGACAAGCAAGGAUAUUUGGGGGGCUGGUUCUGGGGUUAGGAGGAGACAAGGGGCUUGAAUGUCACCUGUCCUUCUGUACAAGGACAUGCCUCUCCUGGCUCCAGUCCUGCUGGGAAACACCACAGCACGAAUUCGCAGUAUGUAAAGAAGCGGGCGGCUGACGGCACACUCUUCGCAGGACAGCGCGUGCUCGUCUUCAUCACUCCCGAAUACUUUAUAGGGACCUCUGUAUCGACAUUCUCCUUUAGAAUUUAUGAGGAGCGCGAGAUCCUGGGAUUCGAUCCCAAAACUACCUACAGCAGGUUCUGUGGUGAAAAGCAAAAGGAAACAGACCUCGAGCAGCCGACUCACUGGAAGAUUGAGUACUGA